AUGGACUUAUUUCUGAGUAACGCAUACGCUUAUGCAGCAGCUGGCGCGCAGCGAAACUCUUUGCAUUGGUAUGCCCAUUGGGUUAAAUCAAAAAAGGGCCGCAUGGCGGACUGUUUAAAAAAGAAUAGAUCGGCAACAAACAAGGUGAACGAAGUCUGCACAGGACCUGUUGUCCCAAUCAUGAUACGGCCUCGUAUUUACCUAGUAAAGACGAGCCCGUUGCCUCGGAGCAACGUGGCUCGCAUCUGCUUCUUGCUGUUUACGUUCCUCUACAUCACCUCCUACCUGAUCAUCACCCGGUUCAAGAAGAGGACCGACUUCAUUCUGGGUGAGUUGCUGGUCAAGGCGGACCACGGGUGCAGGGACUCUGCUCGAGGGAGUUCUGUAGAGCGCCCCUCUGGAGGGAUAUUUGAUCAAAACUAUGAUGAAGAUGCAAUGGUGAACAGAAUCGCGCUGUGGAUGUGCACCUUCACGCUGGCCGUGUCCCUCGCGGCCGCCCUGCUGCUACCCUUCUCCAUUGUCAGCAACGAGGUGCUGUUGUCGUUCCCGCACAGCUAUUACAUGCAGUGGCUCAACGGCUCGCUCGUGCACGGGCUGUGGAACCUGGUCUUCCUGUGCUCCAACCUCUCCCUGGUGCUGCUCAUGCCAUUCGCCUACUUCUUCAUUGAGUCCGAGGGCUUCACUGGCUCCCGCAAGGGAGUGAUGGGCCGUGUGUACGAGGCAGCCGUGGUGCUGUGCCUCCUCGUGCUGCUCGUGUUCGGCAUGGUGUGGGUGGCAUCAUCCAUCAUCGACAAGGAUCCAGCCAGCACCAAGUCCCUACGCGGCCUGUGGGACUUCUACCUGCCUUAUCUCUACUCCUGCAUCUCCCUCUUUGGGGUGCUCCUGCUGCUGGUCUGCACGCCGCUGGGCCUGUCGCGGAUGUUCGGGGUGACGGGUCAACUGCUGGUGAAGCCGCGGCUGCUGGAGAACCUGGACGAGCAGAUCGAGUGCAGCAGACUGGAGGAGGCGGUGCUCAAGCGACGGCUCAAAGCUGCAUAUGGUUCACUGAUGAGCCCUUACGAGGCUGGAGCUUGGCACUAUCUGCUGCGCUAUGAUAGGCCCACAAUGCCUCCCGUGAGAGUCUGCCGGCAAUAG